UCGUACUUCUUCCAAAAUGAAAACCGUCCUGUUGGUGAUUGCAGCUUUGGCUGUCGCUAGUGCUGAAUGGAUCGAUAUCGAUUGGUCCCAGGUUAAGCCGAUCGAAGAGUUCGACCAUUACUGGACUCGUAUUCCGGAGGAAUGGCAAUUCCUACGUAAACUGACACCAUCCCGCAGAAUCACCAAUGGACAGGAGGCCACUCCGGGUCAGUUCCCGUAUCAAAUCGCACUGCUCAGCACCUUCACCGGCGGUACCGGUUUGUGCGGAGGAUCCGUUUUGACCAACAACUUCAUUCUGACUGCCGCCCAUUGUGUCCAGAAUGCUCUAGGAGGAACCGUCAUUGCCGGAGCUCACAACCGUAACAAUGCUGAGGACACGCAGCAGAGAAUCACCUUCACUGCAGCUGGUAUCAGAAUCCACGAAGGAUAUACUUCAACCAACAUCAGAAACGAUAUUGCCGUUGUACAGUUGAGCAGCGCCCUCGUUUUCAACGAUCGUGUUCAGCCUGCAAGUAUUCCUUCUGCUGGUGAAAGCCGUACUUUCGCUGGAAUGACCGGAACUGUUUCUGGAUUUGGACGUACCUCCGAUGCCAGCCAGGCCACAUCCGCUGUGGUUAUGUUCACGAGCAACCCAAUCAUGACCGAGGCUGAUUGUCUGACAAGCUGGGGCAAUAACGCUAACAUCAUCCAGGCUCAGAACAUUUGCCUUUCCGGCGAAGGUGGACGCUCAUCAUGCAAUGGAGAUUCCGGUGGUCCUUUGACCGUUGCUGACGGUGGCUCCCUGCAGGUCGGUAUUGUCUCGUUCGGAUCGGCCGCUGGCUGCUCGAUUGGAAUGCCGUCGGUGUACGUCCGUGUGACGUUCUUCCGCGACUGGAUCGUGCAGAACUCCGAUUUCUCGUAAAAGGUUUUGUUCUAUCGGCAUAAAAUAAAGUAAGAUUGUAGUAAUGUAUA